AUGGGACAGCAGGCAUCAGCUCCAAAGAUUACUAGCCAGGAUAGGGCUAUUUUCCAAAUGAAACAGCAAAGGGAUAGGUUGAAACAGUAUCAAAAACGUCUAACAGUAUUGGUUGAUAAGCAAUCUUCGUUUGCUCGUGAAGCUAUCAAGCAAAAAGAAGUUGAGAAAGCAAAGUUUUAUCUUAGGUCAAAGAAGCAGCAAGAAUCUACAAUCAGUAAGACAUAUCAGCAAUUGGAUAAUUUGGAGAAUUUAAUAAAUACAAUUGAGUUUAAGCUCAUUGAGAAGGAUGUAAUAUAUGGCUUGAAAGAAGGGAACAAAGUGUUAAAUAAAUUGAAUCAGGAAAUGAAAAUAGAAAAGAUAGACAAGCUUAUGGACGAUCUUGAAGAAAAUAGAGUUCAGGUUGACGAAGUUUCAAAUGCAUUAGGAAACAACUUGACCAACAAAGAGGAGCUUGAAGUUGACGAGGAAUUAGAGAAAUUAGAGAAAGAAGUCAAUGGAUCAAAAGAAGAGGAUACUAUAUUUCCAGAAGCACCAAAGGAAGAGUUACUUCCUGAUGUACCAAGCGAGGAUAUUGUGGCAACACCUCCUAAGGAAACUGAACCUGAGAUUAGCGAUAGAUCCUCCUCAAACCAUAAGGAACCAACAUUAGCAUGA